UUGCUCCUGCAACAAAGACAUUUAUUAAACAUGAAAUUUAAAACCAUACCUUUAAAGAGGAUAUUUGUAUGAGAUAUAGAGUAAACAGGAGCUAAUAAGUACAUAGACAAAGGUCAUGUGCCUCAAAGUUGUUGUGUUGUUGUGAAUUUUUGGUACUAAAACCUUUAUAAUAAGAUUAUAAGUACAGGAGAAACACGCAUAAACAGACAUGAAUGGCUUUGUAGCACACUGACACACUAACAAUCAUUUGCUAUGGUGCAUGGUUAAUUAUGCAUAACUGCACUAUUCAAGUCGGUUCGACUGCAGCAAACCACAUAACACUAAACAAAAAGCAACAUGUUUGUGCACAGAUGCCUUAACAUGCCGCCUACAGAUCUAAUCUGCUUUCAUUUUUAUUAUUUGCUGGACCAUUACUUCUUUUUUUCAAACGCUCCAUAGGGUCCAAUAAUGAAUUGAAUUGGAUUGCAUCUGAUUUAAUUCCAGACCAUUAUAGUCUUCUGCAGCUCCACCAGCCUCUAAUACUACAGUAGCCUGGUGCAUGUAGCACGCUGCAUUCUAUAGUGCAUAUUAUGGCGUAUUACUGUGAACGUGGGUGUUUUCUACAAUCACUCAUCUGUGGCUGUUUACCGGUGGUUGCUAGUGCGAUUCCCCCCCCUCCCCCCUCCCCUUCCCGUGAAUCGCGGUGCAGAAAUUAGCAGCAAGAAAGCAUGUAAUUGACAAAGUCACGUGUUCUCACUACGGGAACGGGCACAGCCAGCUCGCGAGCGAAUGAGAGCGAAGGAGGGAGAGAGAGAGAGAGAGAGAGAGAGAGGCAGCGAGAGAGAGAGAGACGGGAGAGAGGGAGAGCAGUACAGAGGUGGUGCGAGCGAGGAAGGGAUUGAAGGGAAGAGAGAGAGACAUGACAAAAAUAUCAAAAGGCAGAAAGCACGCCGUACCAUGCGAGCUAAAUUGGUGAGCGAUGGGAUCGAGGAUGUCGGAUUAAUGGUGACUACCGCAGCCCGUUUUCGCAGAGGAAGCUUCUCUAUUGCAACUUGGGCGCAGAGGGUCCGCGGGGAAACAUGGCCGAAGGAGGGCCGGGUAAAGGUGGCGGAGAAGACGUCGCCAAGUCCAGCACCGAGCAGCAGGACCGGACUCGACCUCAGGUCCUGUUGGGAUCGGGCGUCUGCAAGUGGUUCAACGUCCGGAUGGGUUUCGGAUUUAUCUCAAUGACCAGCAGCGAAGGGAGCCCCGUCGACCCCCCUCUGGAUGUUUUCGUCCACCAAAGCAAACUGGUGAUGGAGGGCUUCCGCAGCCUGAAGGAGGGCGAGCAGGUGGAGUUCACCUACAAGAAGUCCUCCAAGGGCCUGGAGUCCCUGCGGGUGACCGGACCCGGCGGAGGCCCCUGCGCUGGCAGCGAGAGGAGACCCAAAGGGAAGGUCCCACUCCAGAAGCGCAAACCAAAGGGAGACCGCUGUUAUAACUGUGGAGGUCUGGAUCACCACGCCAAGGAGUGUGGCCUGCCCCCCCAGCCAAAGAAAUGCCACUACUGCCAGAGCAUCACGCACAUGGUGGCCCAGUGUCCCCACAAGGCGCUGGCGCUCGCCACCGGCUCUCAGGACCAACAUGCGUCUACCUCGGCCUCCAGCCCAGGGACCGGGGCCUACCUCUGUCCCCCCGAGGAGGAGGGGGAGCGCUCUGGCUCGUCCCCCCUGGAGGGCUCCUCCUCCUCUCCAGAGGAGCCCCAGACACACCGCGGUCCCCGAACCCACCGGUGGAAGAAAUCGUGAAGACGACCCCCAGAGGCGCAGCUGUCGCGGCUAGCCCCCGACCCGAGGACACCCAGAGCCCCCCCUCAUCUACCUCACACCUGUGGAAAAAGAAACAAAAAACGGGAGGUCUUAAUUUCUUUACUAGUUUUUUAUUUUUCUAACCAGCGUAGCUAUGGCAACGAUCAACGGGGUACAGACGUGUGCGAAUGUGUGUAACUGCCUCGCAGUCAUCUGGUGCAGCUAUGGCAACCACCGCUGGAAUGGUGACUGCGGGCCGUGACUGUGUUUUCUGUUUGUUUGUUUCAAUCAGCGCAGCUCAAGGGUGAAACAACCUGGCCCGAUUCUCCUCUCGGUCCUCGUUCCCCCGUUGGACCUACCCGUUGGCCAUUUUGAAAUCCUUUUUUUCCCUUUUCCCUCACAUAUCUUUACAAUUUAAAGCCUGUAGGUGUGAAAGCUUUUAGCUCAUUUUUAAGAAGGAUUAGAUGAAGCGUCGCACCCUCCGAGUGAUAAUCCAGACCCGUAGGACUGUAGCUUGACCUCCUCUAACACUUUAGGGACAUCUUAUGGAUUUGAGAGGGAAUCUUUAUAAAUCUUUUUAAAAAAACGACCACGAGCUGCUUGAACACAUUGACCUAGAACCUUGAAACACUCACCAACGUACCUCUCUCUCACACGAGGCAGGCCGGACCAGCUGAUUGUCGAACCGCGGGCGCGAGUCAACACUAAUAACCUGUUAUGUUUCCUAUUAUGAUACGACGACAUGCCUUAGAGAACACGUCAUAUAACCCAGCUAGAUAUUAGAUUAGACUCAACAUAAUGAAGCAAACUUAGCUUUUCAUUUUGGUUUCUUGCGUAAAUAGUUGAAAAUAACAUUACAAUUUAUAAAUCAUAGUAUAAGUCAUUAAUAUAUAUGUAAAGUCACGAGAUAUAAUUAAAUUCUAUUAACUUUAAGUAAUGCAUUUAUAAGGAAUUAGCUCUGACAUGAACAGGCCUGUUUAUUGCAUGGGAAGCUAUGCUGAGCUCUCUCUCGCCAUCGAAUGGAGCCCACGUUUUAUUUCCUGGAGCUCCCACUCCACGCGAGCACAACGGCUCCGUUAACGAGCAUCGCAGAAGCCCGUUCCUCCUCCACCCGUGCCUACCCGAGUCAGCGAGCACCAGGCGGGUUCCUCCGCGGGGGGGCUGAAUAGAGACAGAGCGCUGAAGAGAGGGACGGUGCUGCUUUUGGUACAACUUGAAUCCCGAGCAUGGCUUUCGUGGCACUUAUUUGUGACCUAACAACUCUUCUCUGACCAUAUUGAAUGUGAAAAGAGCUCAUCCAAAGUCGACUCUUCACAAAGUUCACGUCGGGUCGCUUUGGAGCUGGAUCUUAAUGUUGUGACAAAUCAAAUAACUUUGUAUGACGAUAUCUAUCUAGCUUGCGUGUGUGUGUUUAUAAAAGCUCUAAGUAGACAACCAACUUUUUUUUUGGUAUAUUUCUGUACCAAAGAGUUUGGCUUUAUUUUUUGAAGGCAUUUAAAGUUCAGAUUUACUGAAGUGCUUGCUGUCCUUUCACAAUAAGAGAGACUUAUUGCUGAAAGAGCAGCGCUGCGGUUGUUUUACUUUCCUUUUCUUGUUAUUUUUUUUUUAUGUACAGCUUUUUGAAUGUGUGCGUGCAUUAUAAAUGAAAUCUCAACAAUGCAGCAUGACGGGAAAAACAAGUGAGUGACCAAACCACAGAAGGAGCACAGACCAUGCUCAGAUCUCUAUGGAAGCAUCUUUUUUAACGAUGUAUUUUUACAUUUUUACACACAAUUCCUCUCAGGAUGAUGAAAUGUUCUCAGGGAAUUAACCAAAAAAAGUGUAUUUUAUUCUUUUGGGAAUCAUCCACUGACUGGCUCAACAAACUCUGCUAAGCAAUGGUAAAGAUGUAACCGACUCAUGUACUGAUAUUAGCAACUACCUCUUGAGUUCUACAUAGUUGUGCAUUUCUUUUUGUUCUGUAUAUUCUUUGAUGAGCUUGUCAUGAUUAACUGUAGGUCUCGAUUGUACUGAGGUGUUGUGUGAGAAGUUCCCUGCUGUUGCCACAGACUCCCUGGUCUUCCUUUCCCGCGUUUGAUGAGUUCCUUUGUUUCCUCACUGCAGAAGCAUCCUAUUUUUUGUUUACAGCAGAAACCUACCUCAUAUUCGCUGUUCUCUCAUAACGUUACCUCCUCCCGGCCCCCCUCUACCUCCUCUGCGCAGUUUGCCCGCCACAGGGCGUCUUUCUGGCCAAUCGGGUCGUCCCAAUCAAGGCGCUCGUGAAGGUCGGGGUCUCGUAUGGGACGCGUCAGGCUCAGUGUUAAGCUGUGAGACGCCAGCGAGUUUACCUCAGCUCGUCCAGUGUUAAAUACGAAAUAACUGACAUUUUUCGUUUGUAAGUGUUUGAGCGUAAUGGACUUCGUGACCACUCGAUCCGAUGGGCCCACGCUGGAGAAGAGCAGGACUGUACUUCACACCGUGCCUAUCUUUACGUUUUGUUCGUUCCGACCCUUUCACCAAACACGUGUCCCCGCUUCCGGCGCGCGUCGGCCAUCUUUGCAACAUGUGGCUCCUCUGCACUUGUAGCUCGGAGCCAUGGUGAUGAAAAUAAUAAUGAAGACAAACAUUGUUAUCAGUAACAAACUGAAAUGACUUUGCAGUAUUACAGCGAGGCUACGAAUGGAGUCACCAGUUACGAACGAAAUACACGACCGCAGUAAGAAACAUAGCGAUAUCGUUGUUAGUAGCUUUGUAUUUUCUUCCAAUCAAUGCAACUACUGAUUGAUCUCAUCUUUAUUGUCCUGUUCAGUAUUUGACAGCCAAAAACCGUCUCCAAUCUCCUCCUGAAGGGAGUAAUAAUCAAAAGGCUGCGUUUUGCAUAACGAAGCCGUAGAAUCGCGUUUAUUCACGUGUUCGCGUUUCGUAUUCCGUGAGACAACACAAACAUCGGUGCCCGAGGCGGCGCCUGGUGUUCAGAGGCGGCUGCACGGCUCAGCUCACGUGGUGGUGUCAAAGAUUGUAAUGUUUCCGUUUUUUAUUUGAACCUGUAUUAACAUAAUCGGCUUUAAAGGAUAAUUCAAUCUUUGAGGGCAUAUUUUUUACUCCGUCACUGUGGAAACUUGGGCUGAAUUUAAACGUGUUCAUAGUUAAAACCCUGAGUCGUUUGCUGAAUUUGGCCAAAAACAAAACAAAUAGAAUAAAUAGCAAAAUGUCUCUAUGAAGCUUUUGCCCACAUUUUAAUUCAGUAUUUCUUAAAGAUAAGCUGCUAUGUUAGAAAACCCCAGUGGGUCAGCACUUACUGUUGUUUUGAAGAUAUUUCCAUAAUCUCCAAAGACUCCUUGAACCGUGCAGAUGAAAAAUGAGUCAGUACACUAAACGAUUACGUUUUAUUAACCAAAUUCCCAAGCCGUGCAUCUGUUUGGGAGCUAAACUAAUAGCGGAGCUGCCAGCUACCUUGCUCGGGAGCAGAGUUGCGACUUCAUAAGGCUCUCGAGUCUGAAGGGACUGUGGAAGUGGGGAAAUAAAGAUGGGUUUAGUCGGAGCAGAGCCGAGCGGUAACAGGUUAGCAGUGACCUCCCACUGGUCUUCGUGAGGAUUUUAGCUGACCUCAGCCUGAAGAUACGACGUUUAUUAGCACAUUUUGGACAUAAUUUAGUAGAAUUUUUUUAUAAACCUUCAGGUGAGAAAGAUUGAAUUAUCCUUACGUCAGCCGUGAUGAUGAACCUGAGCAGACAGACUGCAGCUUCACUUACCUCAAGCCCGCCGGCCGCUCUGUGCUGAACCUUGACCGGAGACGCGUCGCACGGGGAGUCGCAGAGCGGCGACGCUCUGCCUCCGAACCGAGGCCCCCGUUGGCCGACGACCUCACGCCGUUCACGUCUGCCUCCUCCUGCUCUACAUCGUGGCCAGAGGGAGUCUUCUGUGCUCUCAGCCAAGCACUGAUGCUCUUGAAUGGGGAAAAAUGUUCUACUAUGUGCAUAUCACUCAUUAUUUUAGCCCCAGUAUAAGUGUACUGCCUUUUUUAUUUCUGUGAAUCUUGGAUUGGAUUUUUAAUUAUGUCAUAAAUGUUUUACUUGAUUGGAAAAUAAACAUAUUAUAUUGGCAUUAAAGUAUGUAUAAUUUC